GGAACUACCUGCAGUGUCUCCAUGACGCAACGGUUGCUCUUCAAUUGGAACCCACUUUAAUCAAAGCUAUUAAGAAAGUGGGAGACAAAGUGGGAGAGGGACGAACUUAUGGCAAUCUCGGGGACGUUUACUAUGAAUUACGACAGUUCCAAACAGCAAUCGAGUACCAGAAUCGUUCUCUAGAAAUUGCUCAAGAGGUGGGAGACAAGACCGGAGAGGGAUUAAAUUAUUACCAUCUCGGCACCAUUCUUCGCGGUCAAAAAAAGUUUAAAAGGGCAAUCGAGUCGUAUCAACGUUACCUAGAAAUAUCCAAAGAAGUAAGGGACAAGACUGGAGAAGCGUGCUCACUCGGUUCUCUUGGAAUAAGUUUCGGGUGCCAAGGAGAUCCCAUGAGGGCCUUCACCUACUUUAACUCGAGUGUAGAGGUGCAUGAUGACAUCACGGCCAGUCUUCAACUCAACGAUCAGUGGAAGAUUUCUUAUCGUAAUCAGCACCAAAGUGCAUACAAAGGUUUGUGGCGUAUAAUUCUCAUUCAAGGUAAAGUUGUGAACGCUCUUCUUGCCGCAGAAAAAGGACGUGCUCAAGCUCUAAGAGAUCUUAUGGACACAAGAUAUCGGCCUGAUAAUACUUUAAGGAAUAGCGGUUCGUGCCUUUCCCUGAAUUCUGUUCCAUCAAAUACAGUUUUUAUUGCUCUCAAUGGACCAUGCGUUCACUUCUGGGUUUUUCUCUGUGAAAAUAAUAUCCAGAUGAGAAAAGUACAUGUGAACAAUUAUAAAUAUGAGAAGGAAUUGGAAUUUUUCAUCCGGCUACAGAACAAAACUGCCCUUAAGGAGAUUGGUAGAAGAGAUGCUGUUCCAUGCAAAAAUCCUUCACCUGGUUCGCCAAAAGAGGAGGAAGUUGCCAAGGAUGUGAUCCGAGUUGAUGUGAGGUGCUCACAAUCAAGGGCUCUACAGAAGCUUCAUGACAUCAUCGUUUCUCCUAUUGCUGAUCUGAUCAAAGGCAACGAGAUGACUUUUGUUCCUGAGGGGCCAUUUUGCCUUAUACCUUAUGCAGCAUUGGAGGACUCGAGGUCAUCAUAUCUAAGUGAUUCUUUCAGUAUUCGUGUGCUUCCGUCUCUGACGACGUUGCAACUAAUUCAUGAUUGCCCAGCUGAAUUCCACAUGAAAAGGGGUGCAUUGCUUGUUGGCGACCCAUGUUUCAAACAUAUCAUCUAUGAGGGAGGACUUUUGGUGCAACUUCCGGGAGCAAGGAAAGAAGUGGAGAUGAUCGGACGCAUCCUAAAACAUUCCCCUCUCAUUGGAGAAAUGGCAACAAAAGAAAAGGUGUUAAAACGAAUGUCAUCAGUGGCGUUAGUUCACAUUGCAGCGCACGGUAAAAUGGAAACUGGAGAAGUCAUCUUGGCACCAAGCACUACAAGGAAAAACUCUCAGCCAGAAGAAAAAGACUAUCUAAUGACUAUGAACGAUGUCCUAGAAACUGGGCUGCGGGCUCGACUGGUUGUACUAAGUUGUUGUCACACCGCUCGUGGGAAGGUUAUGGCCGAGGGUGUGGUCGGCAUCGCGCGAGCAUUUUUGGGUGCCGGUGCUAAAUCUGUUGUGGUAACCUUAUGGGCGAUUGAUGACGAGGGAACCCUGGAGUUCAUGAGUUUCUUCUACGAUGCACUUGCUAAAGGCAAGAAGGCAAGUGAAGCUCUCCAGCAGGCCAUGAAGUGCAUGAGAGAGAGUGAAAUGUUCAAAGAGGUGCAGUACUGGGCACCAUUCGUACUCCUUGGUGAUGACGUCAGCCUGGAUUUCAAGGAAAUUCAGACUUCGAACCAUCUGACGCAGUGAGCAUUGGAACUGUAUCAGGUCAAGGACCAAGCCCGCGGAAGUCAACGGUGAUAUUUGGACCGGAAACCAGUAAGCUACCGAUGAAAUCUUUGUCAAGAGUCUUCUCUUUAAAGCACGGAGGAUCAAAAGAUGGCCAAAGUUAACGAGAGUCCCUAACGAUCUCUAUUGUUUCAAAACUUGACUUUUCGCCUGUCUGAACUGUUCUUACGAGCUUGACUGAUUUUGGACACUCUAAAGGAAAAGGACUUUCAAGUGUUUUGAUCCUUGAUAUCUUACUCAAGCUGAUACUCAUUUAAUUUAUAUUUCAAGUAAGUUACAUUUUUUUAGUCAAACAU